ACUUUAUUCAUUCAUAAAUUCUCACAAAUACCAACUCCUUCACGCAAUCAAAAAAAAAAAAAUCUCAUGAUCUAAACCAUUCCGGAGUCAGACCCAACGAUUCAAUUAUUUCGAUUUUAAGAUUUACUGAUGAUCUGGUGGCUUGUGAAGCCGUUGUAAAGCAAUUAUUCAAGGCUGUAUUCCUUCAACUUCUGUAGUACUUUUGCACUGCUUCAUUAUUUAUAACAUAAUCAGAAGCAUUGCAUAGUGCUUGCCUUGUUAUUUAGUGUAUAAAGUGAAGUAAAGAUCUGUAUUUUUCAACUGGUAAAACACGUAGAGAUUCAGAAGACUCAAGUAGGAAAAAUAUAUAGAGCAACAGCUCCUCUUGUAAUUUACAACAGUGCAAACAAGAUGGCUGGGGUAAAACGAAGACAUUUUGGUUCAGAUAUCCGUUCUCUUCACAAAGAGUUGGAUGAGGUUUCGUGCCCUAUCUGCAUGGACCAUCCACAUAAUGCUGUUCUCCUCCUGUGCAGCUCACAUGAUAAGGGUUGCAGAUCUUAUAUUUGUGAUACAAGUUACAGGCAUUCAAAUUGCCUGGACCGCUUUAAAAAAUUAAGGGCCAACACUAGGACUUUACCCACUUCUUUACAUGUAAAUCCAUACAAUUCUAGUAAUGCUUCUGGUAUGAACUUGGCUUUGAGUACUGACUUAAAUCAGGCUAGUGAAAAUCACAAUCUAAAUGAAAGAAACACUGUAAUAUCUGUUGGCUUGCCUGGAGCACUGGGAGAAGAUGGUCUUCAGGAUCAAAGUAGACAUUUAGAAAUGCAAGAAGGCAUAUUGGAAACACUUGAUUCUGAAUCCUUUCAGGAAAGGGUUGAGGUUGAAGAGUUAGAUGUGGAGAAUUCAUCAGAAUCAGAACUGAGCUUGAAAUGCCCUUUGUGCCGAGGAGACAUACUUGGGUGGGAGGUUGUGGAAGAGGCCAGGAAUUAUCUUAACCUGAAGAAGCGAAGUUGCUCUAGGGAAUCAUGCUCGUUCUUUGGUAACUACCAGGAAUUGCGACGGCAUGCAAGAAGGGUUCACCCCACAACCCGACCAUCUGACAUAGAUCCAUCUAGAGAACGAGCGUGGCGAAGCCUUGAGCACCAGAGAGAAUAUGGUGAUAUAGUCAGUGCUAUUCGUUCAGCUAUGCCUGGAGCUGUUGUGGUUGGGGACUAUGUUAUUGAAAAUGGAGAUAGACUAGCAGGUGAAAGGGAAAGUGGUGCAGGUGAAGUUAAUGGGCCAUGGUGGACUACUUUGUUUUUGUUUCAGAUGAUUGGCUCGAUGGAUGGUGUUGGGGAAUCACGGGCCCGGUCAAGGGCUUGGAUGAGACAUCGACGGCCAGCAGGAGCUUUAUCUGAACGGCGCUUUCUUUGGGGGGAGAAUCUGUUGGGUCUGCAGGAUGAUAAUGACGAUGACAACGACUUGCGAAUAUUAAGUGAUGUGGGUGAAGAUGGAUCUCCAGUUCCUAGAAGACGUCGGCGUUUGACCCGGUCAAGGUCAAAUGGAGAUCAACCUUGAAGAGUCAUUAUGUCCGUAAUGUGCAGAAACUGCCUUUGAACAACAGGAUCCUUCCUGUUGAUUAAGAACACUGUGAUUUGAGAAACUUGUAAGCUUGUUCCUGGUCAAGAGUUUUUAAAGUUUGUUUGGGGAUGGAGUAAAUGUGAGAAUGGAAAAGAGUGUCAGAUUCUAUUGUUGAAGGCUGGCUCUGACACGAGUUACACUCAGCUCUCAGAAAUGUGAAUUAUUUCAAGUGGAAGUGGAGUUUGAAGAAUUGUGAUUGUUAUGGAGCUUGUAUUGUGUAUUAAGUUUGGUCAUGGAGUGAUCUCCAUUUGAACUAUUUUCUGUCGUUUGAUUCCUUUUACCAUUUCCAAAUGUAAUCUUGGUUAUAUUUAGUUAAAUUAAAUGGUACGUUAUUUAAUAGAAUUUUUAGUUUUAUGCAA